UUUCAUCUUUUCUCUGUAGAGCGGCACUUGUGUUGAAGUCCUUCAGCCUCAGGUAGUGACUCCGACCUGUAAACACCGCGUUGCGCUCCUCCGGUUGUGUUUAGUGCUCAGAUGACAGCACGCUCUCUGUGGUCCAGACAUCAUGCUUCCCCGGGCGGGUAAAGAGUUUCUGGUGCGGAUACAAUUCUCCUGGCGGCCGUUUUUCCAGGGCCGCUACCUGCUGCUCACCAACACCCUGAGUGGAGGAGGAAUGCUGGCGCUGGGAGACAUUCUGCAGCAGAGCCGGGAGACCCGCAAGGAGCCAGGCAGAGUCCGAGACUGGAAGAGAACAGGUUACAUGUUUGUGGUGGGCUGCUCCAUGGGUCCAUUGCUGCAUUACUGGUACGGCUGGCUGGACAGAGUGUAUGUAGGAAAAGCCAUGAAGACGGUGGGCAAGAAGGUUCUGGUGGACCAGCUGAUCGCCUCACCGACCAUCGGGAUGUGGUAUUUUUUAGGUAUGGGUCUCAUGGAGGGACACUCUUUAUCCGAAGGAUGGGAGGAGUUCAAAGACAAGUUCUGGGAAUUUUAUAAGGCGGACUGGUGUGUCUGGCCCGCUGCUCAGAUGAUCAACUUCUACUUUCUCUCGCCCAAAUUCCGUGUUGUGUACAUCAACUUUAUCACCUUAGGGUGGGACACCUACCUGUCCUACCUCAAACACAGAGAUAACGUUGACCCCACUGUGGCGAUGCCAGACAGCAGUGCUGAGGAUGUACGGCACAAAGCGCUCCAACCAUCUAAACCUCUGGAGGAGAAAUCUUAGAGACAGAGCUCACUGUGAAGUCGAUCAGCAGAGGCGAAGGAAGAAUUUGCUUUCUGCCUUUGCAAAAUGAUGUGAGAAUGUUCUUAAUUAUAUUCGGUUGGUCUGUCCUCUGAUUAACUGUUUCUAUCGCACGUUUUAAUCAUGUCUGUCUGAGCUCAGAGGAGUUGCGGAUGUUUAAGUUGAAGUGCUGGAACACUUUUCCUGUCAUGUUUGCAGAGUUUUAAAGCGUCUCUGUUCGUUUUAUCCGUCGGUUGAUGUCAGAAUGAGCUGCACUCCAGAAAGAAAUCUUUUCAGGGAUGAAAAGCUGUUUCACUGCCUGUCAUGCUGACACCUCUGAUGAUGGUGGUUUUCCUUUUAUCACAACCUAGGCAUGAGUGAGACUGCUGAUGAUAAACCGCUGCUGAUUAACACAGCGAUCAGCAAGGCACUUAACGGACCCUUCUUCCAGAAACCUUUUCUGAUUUGACAUGAAAGACUCAUUUUGGCUGUGAAACGGCAUCAGUAAACAGUUGUUGCUGUUUUUAAAUGUAUAUUAACCUGCAUUAACCUUGCCUUAAUAUGUGGAACAGUUCUGCCCUCUGUUUUCAUGCUAAAUAAUCUCUUGUCUUCAGGUUAUUCCUUUGAGGUACCUUUUAAAAAUAACUGCAUGAUUGUGGUUAUUAUUAAAUAUAAGAUCUAUUUUCUGUACUAUAUAAAUCCUCAGUCUGUAAACUUGAUUCUGUAAAGACUGAUGAACAGAAUUUAAUUUGUAGUACUGUACUUUAUAUCACCAGCAGCUAACGUGUGAUUUAGAUGCUUUUAGUUUUGUCAGGCUUGAUGAUAAAUCCGUUUUUGUAAUGAUAGAAGACAGCAUGUUGUGUCAACAUAAAAGCAGAAAUAUGUGGAGCUAUACAUUGUAUGUAUAUAUUUACAUUUUUUACUAAUGUGUGUAAAGAACUUGUGUAAAGGUCUUUAAAGAAUUCUGAUGAGUUGUAUUUAUUUUGUUUAUCAUUGUAAUUUAAAGAAGCAAUGGCAAUAAAAAAAAAUGAAAUGACA